AUGAAUAAUAAUAAUAGAAGGCCAACUACAUUCAAUCCUUGUGUUGCCAAUACAAAUAUCAGACGUGCCAAUGAUGAAAAUACUCUCCUGCAACAACAACAAUACAACUCGUACAAUUCAAAGUAUGAACCAUUCCAAUCGAGAGAAAUCCUCAGAGAUGUUACCAAUUCAGCCUCUUCGAAUCAGAGAAAUGUCAUGAUGCAACAAGGUGUCUGUUCUCAACAACAGCAACCACUCAAACCAAACACUAUUGGUCAAAACAAUUACUAUAAUUCUCAAAACAAUAUACCUAAAAAACCAUCGAGUGCUAAUCUUCCACAACAAACUCAACCAUACAAGAAUGUUGUGCAACAAACAAAUAGCAAUACUACAACAAUAUAUAACUAUGGACAACGACCAUUGAAUGCUCCAAACACUUAUCAAUACUCCCAACAACAACAGCAACCAAUUACUCUCCAACAACACCAUCCCCAAUAUAAUAAUUCCUCCUCAAAUAAUGAGGAUGAAGAAAUGGCUUACUUUGAAGAUGAAGAAGAAUUGACAGAAAAUAACACAAUUCCAAUCGUGCCUUCGAUUGGUGUUGGUUAUUCAGUUACUUCAGCUGCUGUUGCUUCUGGUUACAUGUCCGCAACAUCUGUAUUUGCUAAUCCAAGCAGUACCAGCUCUGUUUCUCAAAGCUCUUCCUAUUUUUCACAACAACAACAACAUUCUUCCAGUAAUAAUAAUUUUGUUGCAGAAGAUCCAGCCAAUACAUCCUAUGAAAGUGAUGAAGAACCACAAAAAGAACCAACCAAUUUACUUCCAUCCAUGCAACCAUUGUACUACUUUAGAGAACAUCACACCGGCUCUGGUACAAUUAAUGCAUCAACUUGCAAUAUUUUAGUGCCUCCACCAACUAAUCCUGAAGAUGCUCGUUGUAUGAGAUCUGUCAUCUUUGCUACUGAUGUUGAAGCUGAAGUUUUGGAAAGCAUGCGCUUAACUCAAAUGAAAAACAAACCAAAUCCAAGAUAUAUGGAAACUGUACAAACUGAUAUUACCAGUAACAUGAGAUGUAUCCUCGUUGAUUGGAUGAAUGAGGUUGCUUCCAUGUACACUCUUUCACCAGAAACAUUAUAUUUGGCUGUUAAUAUUCUGGAUAGAUCCCUCUCCAAGAUGUCUGUCAGAAGAAACAAGUUGCAAGCAUUUGGUGUCGCUUCUCUCUUCAUCUCUUCAAAGUUUAACGAGAUUACUCCUCCAGAGUUAAAUGAAUUCAUCUAUAUUGCAGAUGACACUUAUGGAAAGGAAGAAGUUCUCAUUAUUGAGAGAAUAAUUUUGAACAACCUCGAGUUUGAACUUGUUACUGUUCAACCUUAUGAUUUUAUUGAAAAGUUUUUGCAAAUUUGUGGUGUUGUCGACAAUCCUAUUGUCAAAUACUUGACUUAUUACAUUUGUGAAAUGCAAUUACAGAAUAUUGAAGUUCUUAACUUUCCACCUUCUGUUAUUGCAGCUUCUGCAUUGAUGAUUUCCUUGUAUUUGAUUGACUUUAAUUAUUGGAACUCUGAGUUGGCUUGUUGUUUUGGUUUUUCCAAUCAAGCUUGUCAAGGUAACUCAUCACUCACUCCAGAAGACGAACAAUUGGUUGGUAUUGUCAAUGAAUGUCUUUCCUCCAUGUUUAGAUUCUAUGUUGGUAUGGCCACAGGCAGGAUUAAUUUCUCUGCCGUGAGAUCCAAGUACUGUCACAUGGUUUUCCAAGGAGUUGGUGAAUGCACAAGAAAGGUUGAUAAGGAACCACCAUUCAUUCCUUCAGUCAGCAAGGGUAGCAAUCCAAGUACCUCAACCACACCAAAUUACCAUCCUUAA